UUUAUUUCCGCCUUAAUUUUUUCAGAGUUUAAGACACUGUGAUAACUUACAUGGAAAAUGGCAUUUCCACGAAAUUCGUGCGAUCUUUUUAAGGCGUUAUUUGCUGAAAAAUACUGCGUUGGAGCUAUUUUUGGCGUCACGGACUGCAAUAAUGUUUGCAUUUGCAAACGAAGAUACUGUACGCAAAGUGGUUGAAUAUUUACCGCGUGUUGGUGUUGGCGUUAAAUACGGCCUCCCUCAGAGCAGAAAGACAAGUCUGAUGACCCCACGGCAACUCUUCAAGCAUUCUGACAUGCCGCAGAAAUGGCAGAGGCGUGAAAUAUCAAAUUUUGACUACUUGAUGUUUUUAAACACGGUUGCUGGUCGAACAUACAAUGACCUUAAUCAGUACCCAAUAUUUCCUUGGAUACUGGCAAAUUACACCUCAGAAACUUUAGACCUUAAUGAAGCUUCAAACUUUCGCGAUUUAUCGAAGCCCAUCGGUGCACUGAGCGAAAGCCGCCGUAAAUAUUUUCAAGAGAGAUACUCGUCUUGGGAACAUGAAACAAUACCUCCAUUUCAUUACGGAACUCAUUACUCAACACAGGCUUUUACCCUUAAUUGGUUGUUUAGAGUGGAACCUUUUUCUACAAUGUUUCUUCAUUUACAAAAUGGCAAAUUUGACCAUUCGAACAGAUUAUUCCACAGUAUAGCUGAAGCUUGGGAGGGGUGUCAACGGGACACUCACGACGUUAAGGAGCUAAUUCCUGAGUUAUUCUACAUGCCGGAAAUGUUGCUGAACGGCAAUGGUUUCGAUUUGGGAAAGCGUGAUGAUGGAUCCACUGUGGGGAAUGUUGUGCUACCGCCGUGGGCGAAAAGUGCUGAACGCUUUAUCGUCCUUCAUAGACAGGCUUUGGAGUCUGAUCUUGUCUCUUGCCAGCUGAAUCAGUGGAUCGAUCUUAUUUUUGGUUACAAACAAAAGGGGCCAGAAGCGGUCCGUGCGACAAAUGUGUUUUAUUACUUGACAUAUGAAGGCGCUUUAAAUUUAAACUCGAUUGAAAAUGCUACAGUUAGAGAGGGGUUGGAACAGCAAAUGAUAUCAUUCGGACAGACCCCUGCUCAGCUUAUGACUGAACCACAUCCGCCUCGUCAUUCUAUCAUGACUGUGAGUCCUACGGCUUUUCAACCGUGCCAAGACGACUUGUGUAUGCUGAUGAAAUUCAUUUCGAAUAGUGCCGUGGUUCAUCUUAGUGCCAAUACUUUUGUUCAGCUCCCAAAUCCUACUGUACUUUCGAUAGCAAACAACCUUGUUUUCGCCUUGAACAGAUGGAAUCACAAUUAUUCAGGACCGAACGCUUUUUCUUCACCUUCACUACCGUCGCAAGAUGGCGGGCUUUCAGAACAUCCGAAUGGACUGCCAUUCAAUUUGCCUCUUACGGUAGAUCCACUUUUAGCUACAGGAAACCCGUCUCAACCGCCGCAGCGUCGUCACCUUGGUGACGCGUUUGACCAACGUUUGAAAAUACGUUUUAAUAACUUUGUAACUACUGUAGACAGUCGCUCAAUUAUUGCUUGCGGUUAUCCUGAUUACAGCUUUCGUGUCAUUGAUACAGAUUCAGCUCGCGUACGACAAGUGAUAUAUGGCCACGGGGAUGUGGUUACAUGCCUUGCAAGGUCUGAAGCUAAUCUUUUUUCCGAUUGUUAUGUCGCAUCUGGGAGCUUAGACUGCACAGUCGUUCUUUGGCACUGGAAUGCUCAAAGUCAAGUUAUUGCAGGAGAAUACAAUAUGCCUGGCGAACCUGCAGCAGCACGAGCCAUAUUAACCGGCCAUGAUACUCCAGUAACCAUAAUAUUUGUUUCUGCUGAACACGGUCUUGUAUUGUCUGCUUCAUCAGAUGGCACAAUUUUGAUUCAUACUACUCAAGGUGAUCUUUUGCGCCGAAUUCAACAGGAUGUUGGAGACGAAUUGUCUAUGAAAGGAGUAAAUUUACUGCUUAUGUCUCGAGAUUGCUACAUAGCUGCUCUUUAUGGAGCGAAAGACAUAGUUACUUUUACUACAACUGGUCGUCAGUUAUGUCAUAUCAGGUCACCGGAAACUGUACUUUGCGGUGUGCUUUCUCGAGACGGUGAGUACUUGGUGUUGGGCAGCGAAGAGGGACGAGUUUCUAUAUUGCGGUUAUUCCCUCUCCAGUUACUGUACACUUUUCAGCAGACGGACGGUGCCGUUCGUAGUGUGGCACUGUCGACUAACCAGAAGUUCGUUCUUGCGGGCUUGGACACAGGUGCAGUAGUAGUUUUCAACGUUGAUUUUAACAAAUGGCACUACGAGUACCAACAUCGCUAUACAACUCGUUAG